AUGGCUAGAAAACGUAAAUCUAAAAAUAACAAAGAAAAAUGUUCAACCGCGGGAAGCAAGAAGGAUAUCGAUGUAAAAAAUGAAAUGCUCACAGUUAAAAAAGAACCAGACGAUGAAGUCGGUUAUAUCCUAAAUUCUAUUGAUUCAUAUCCACUGGGAGAUGUAAAUGAUGAUCAGCCUACAGUUUCUAUAGAGAAUGAGAUCAAACAUGAAAUUGAAUUUUCACCUCCAGAAUCACCAAAGGAUAUGGACUCGGAGCCAAAGCCUAAAACUCGAAGUUAUAAAAAAAGUUCUUUAUAUCGGGCACUGAUACCCUACAAGAAAUAUUAUAUACCAAAGAAACUGAUGAAAGAGAAAACACUGAACUUGGAGGCCAUAUUAAGAUUGACAGAAAAACCUUUGAUUGCUUUGUUUUCACAAAUGUCAUCUAACGAAAUCACAAGAAAUUAUGCCUACACCUGCUGUCUCAUUCCCAGUGAAUGUGCGCUCAGCUUUCAAAGCUUUGGCAAUGAGGGAAAAGCUCGAAACCAGAUGUAUGAGCACUUACUAAACCACCUCACUGAACUCUUGAACAAGAAGAAAGCUGAUCCAACUUUUGUUUUCAGUGCUGAUGUUGUCAAGAAAAAUUUAUUGUUGGGAGAAUGUAUGGAUGACAAUUAUUUUUUAAUUAUUUUUUUAAUACACAUUUUUCUACAGUAA